GGAGGAACGUGUGAGGUGAUUGCGGCUCACAGAUGUUGUAAUAAGAACAAGAUUGAGGAGCGGUCUCAGACGGUCAAGUGUUCCUGUCUACCAGGGAAGGUGGCAGGGACCACCAGGAACAGACCCUCGUGUGUCGACGGUGAGUAGAGGAGGACUACCAUCCCAACCCCCAUUGGUAUUGCAGGCGCAAGGGAAGUGUGUGCCCUAUCACUGAUUGGACUCACACACACAGGUGCUGCUUAUAGAACCCAUAUUCACCAGUUCUUGAAUAUUUUUUUUCAGGGUUGCAUAAAAGUGAUCCAAUAUAUAACUUUGACUGUAUAUGAUGCUUCAUCCUUUCCCAAUAGAUCUGGGACAGCAGGUGGCCAGUAGAGAUGGAGAUGCCCCAUCCCUUUCUUUUGAUUAGCUCACUGCAGACAUACGCAAUUCAUCAAUGGCAUACAUUCCCUAGAGAAGUAGCAAUGGUUCUUUAUGUAUUAUGCAGUUUGUUUUGAUUCGUGUCAGGUCUAAGGCAGAGUAGCCUAAGGAGUUGUUGCUUAAUAGAUGCACUAUAACCUUGGUUCGAUCCGACUCCUGGCAACAAACCACGGUAACCCUCUUUACCGUAAGGAACAGGUCAAAAUGAGGUCCUCUUGGGUGUUGAAUAUGUAUGGCUGGAAAACCACUUAGACUAGGACAGACAAGAACACUCAAACAAAACAUUUACUGAAGUUGUGGCCAUACUCAACUACCUAAUUUUGUACUGUGGAAAUGUACUGUUGCUUUAUGAAUUGUAUGUAUUGGCUUUUUGACAGAUGAGGCACAAUUUUACCAUCUCUAGUAGAGAUCCAACAGAAGACAGUAGUAACCUAUGUCACUCACUAUAUACUGUAUUUCUUCCUAUGCUGUGCAGCAGAGAGAAAAUGCUGCAAUAUUAUAACAAAUUUCAUGCAAUUCUACUCAUUUUGACAUGGGGUGAAGCAAAAAUGUUGGCAGUUUUAAAGCUAAUCUUUUGCAAUUCUGCACAUUUUGUCAUGACUUAUGCCAUGUUAAUGAUAUCUGAGUGAGAGUGACUAACAAAAUCAUACCGAGUCGGUAUUCGGCCAUAAUUACUAUAAUUAAGUGAUAACACCCGAGAAGCCAGUUUUGGAGGAUAUAUCGGCACGGGUGUUGUUUCGUCUCGGGCCGGCAAACCGUGCCAAUAUAUCCUCCAAACACAAGCUUCGAGGGCAUUAUCACUUUUAUACAAUGGGUUACCAACAUAUUCAAAUGAUGAUUGACAUAUUUUCAUUAAAAACGUCAUUUUGAUACUAUUUCAUCCUUCCACGAGAUAUAGUCCCGACACAAAUCUAGGGUUUCUACCCAGGUUUUUCACGCUCAACAGUUUCCUGUGUGUAUCAAGAAUGGUCCACCACCCAAGUGACAUCCAGUCAAUUUGACACAACUGUGGGAAACAUUUGGAGUCAACAUGGGCCAGCAUCCCUGUGGAACGCUUUCAACACCUUGUAGAGUCCAUGGCCCGACAAAUUGAGGCCGUUCUGAGGGCAAAAGGGGGGGGGGGGGGGGGGGGGGGGGGGUGCAACUCAAUAUUAGGAAGGUGUCCUUAAUGUUUUGUACACUAUUCUUUUUUGGGGUCACUUAUGUCGCUUAUGCCUGGGGCCAGCCCUGACAGUAGGCAUCACUUCUCACCUGCUUGUAUGCUUCUUUAGAUUCUAACCAUUAGGAAAUGUUUCCACAAUUACUGAGCAGAGUACACAGACAGAGUGAGGGAAUUUUAGGUCUCUUUUUUCUGUCAGGACUGACAGGGUAUUUUCCUCUGUCAGAUGUUCAAGAUGUGGUGGACAUUUACCCUGUAUUUAAGGCAAUUUUCUCUUCCCAGAGCAAGAAUACGGUCUGCAUUAGUCACAGCUAUGCCCCCUCUUUCACUUAACAUGUCUAGACAUCUCUCUUUCUCUUUGAUUUAAAAUGCAUGUAAGAAAUGCUUUAAAUACACCUAAGGUUGCUUUAGUGCUAGUCACCAAUCCAUCUUCAAGUCAUAUACUGCUAUCUCAUAUUGCCUCAGUUUCUACUGGGUAAGAAAUACUCAGGUCACAUUAUGGUUUUGUUGCCUGCAGCAUCCAUAGUGAUUGGUAAGUGGUGGUGUGAGAUGGAGCCCUGCCUGGAGGAAGAAGAGUGCAAGACGCUGCCUGACAACUCAGGCUGGAUGUGUUACGCUGGGAACAAGAUCAAAACCACCCGGGUAAGAUAACCUCUCAUUACAAUUUGAAUCAGAGUUAUAUUGGAAGAGGGAUAGGUACAGUCAUGGGAGAUUUGCACCAACAGAACAAUAUAGAGUUUUUUAUUGACAGACAAAGGCACAAGGUUUUGACUCAAGAAUAUGAGCGAUACUUUCUCUUUUCUUUUUUAGAACACCCAACAACCUGCAAGCAAAGGAUACCUC